AUGAGUGAAUCCGAUAGAAUCAAUAACGCAACAACUUCAUCGGGAGGGUAUCAUCAAGAUGUGUAUCACUCCUCACCAAUAUAUGAAAGGGGUAGUGGUGGUGGUGACUCUAUAAAUGAUGGUGGUGAUGAUGGAAGUGGUUUUCGUGGAAUUUUAAAAUGGAGAGAAUAUAAUUAUUGUGCCUAUAUUGUUCCUGCCAUUUGUUUUGUUCUUACUUGUCUUGUUGUUAUUCCAUCAGUGAUUACUCCUGCUUUAUAUUAUAGUUAUUCUAGAAUUGGAAAUAGAGCUAGUGAUUUGAGUUGUGAAUCUACUUGUUCUUAUCAGAUUGUUGAAAGUAUUCCAAUGGGAGUUGAUCUCAAACUUGUUCCAAAUACCGAUUACACAUAUAAUGCUUGGUCUUCAAUUAUUUCAAAUGCCAAGUCUUCAUUGACAAUUGCUUGUUUUUAUUCAAGUCUUCGUAAUGAUGCAUCUGAUGUUUCUGGUGGACAAUUUGGUAACCAAGCAUUUGAUAGUAUUGCUAAUGCUAUCAAGAGAGGUAUUAAAGUUCGUAUUGUUCAAAAUAUUGCAUCAAAGGAAUUCCCAGAUGAUGAUACUAGAGCUUUGGAGAAAAUGGGUGCUGAACUCGUUUCAAUUGAUUGGAGUAAAGCCUUCUCAGGUGGUAUUCUUCACACAAAGGCCAUUGCUGUUGAUGGACAACAUUUCUACGUUGGAAGUGCAAAUUUGGAUUGGAGAUCUUUGGCUCAAGUUAAGGAAUUGGGUGUCAAGGUCACAAAUUGUGCUUGUUUAACAAAGGAUAUUGAAAAAAUUUUGGAUAUCUAUUAUACUCUUGGAAAGAAUAUGAAUAGUACUUUUGAAGGUUUUAGAGGAUGGCCUGAAAAUACCUUCACCUCUGUCAAUCAAUUCUCUAGAUUGCUCGUUCCAUUCGAGAAUGAACCUCAAAAGAAUGAAUCAACUGUCUUUAUGAGUGCUAGUCCAAAAAUUAUUAACGAACCACAAAGAACUAACGAUAUUGAUGCCUUGUUGGCUGUUAUUAACAAUUCCACUCAAUUUGUUCACAUUUCUGUAAUGGACUUUGUACCACUCUUAAUGUAUGCUGGUCCACAAUUCCAAUAUUGGGGAGAUAUUGAAAAUGCUCUUAAGGCUGCUAUUAUGAGAAAUGUUAAAGUCAAGUUGCUUAUCAGUAAAUGGGAUCACACCAAGUCAUAUCAAAUUACUGUAUUGCAAUCAUUGGUUGAAUUUGGAGGUAAAUUCUGUACUGAAUCUCACAAGUGUACUGGCUCAAUUUCUGCUAAAAUCUUCCAACUUCCUGAUCAACAAGAUGCUCCAAAAUAUCCAUUCACAAGAGUCAAUCACGCCAAGUAUAUGGUCACAGAAAAGCAAGCCUACAUUUCCACAUCUAAUUGGAGUAAGGACUACUUCUACACUACUGCAGGUAUUUCAUUUGUUAGUACCACCCCAUCUUUGAGACAAACAGUUAAUAGUAUUUUUGAAAGAGAUUAUUCUUCCAUUUAUGCUUUUGAUUUACCACCUGUCAAUACAACUAAACUCUACGAAUCCUACUAAUUUAUUAAUAAAUAAAUAAUCCUUUUUCAAUUUUAUU